AUGUCUUCCACCUCGAGAGCAGCGUCCAGUGCUGCACCGGCAGCCAAUAUCAAGCAUACCCAUCACCUGCCUCAGCGGCACAACCCUCUACCUUCUCCCUGGGAAUACGACACCUCCAACUCCACCGAAGUCCGCAAGUACACCAAGACCUACGGGCUGACCCCUCCCGCGGUCGAGACGUUCGAGAAGCAGCUACAGCGAUGUCUGGCACAACUCGCUGCACGAAAGACGCCCAUUGAGAAGUACCAAUACCUCUCCGUGCUCCGAAAUACGAACGUCCACCUGUUCUACAGACUGCUGGCUGGGAAUGUAAAGGACAUAUGUCCGUUGAUCUAUACGCCGACGGUGGGAGAAGCUUGUCAGAGGUGGUCGGAGAUAUAUACACAGCCAGAGGAAGUGAAGGAGCCGGCACUACAGCGGGCGUGGUGGCCCUUUGGGUGUGGUGAAGUCGUGGAGAAGAGGCUAACCUUUUCAGGCCUGUAUCUGUCCUUCGAAGAUCGUGGACACCUCCAUCAAGUCAUUCAGAAUUGGCCACAUGAUGUCGAAAUUACAGUUGUCACUGAUGGGAGCCGCAUUCUUGGGUUGGGCGACUUGGGGGUAAAUGGCAUGGGUAUACCAGUGGGCAAGCUGAGCCUGUACACCGCAUGCGCCGGCAUUCACCCCAUGCGGACCCUUCCCCUCUGUCUGGAUCUCGGAACCAGCAACAAGGAGUUCAGAGAAGAUCCUCUCUACCUUGGCAGCAGGCGGGACAAGGUCACAGCAGAAGAGGAGAAGGAAUUCCUGGACGAGAUGAUGGCUGCGCUCACGGAAAGAUGGCCCAGCAUCGUCAUCCAGUAUGAGGACUUCAAGAACCCGUUCCCUUCGCUCGAGCGCUACCAGAACACAUAUGCGAUGUUCAACGACGACAUCCAAGGCACUGGCGCAGUCAUUCUAGGAGGCUUCAUCAACGCUGUCAAGCAAUCCGGCGUGGCACCAAAAGACCAGCGAGCAGUCUUCCUCGGCGCGGGCUCAGCUGGCGUGGGUGUAGCAAAACAGCUGACAGAGUUCUUCAUGAACGAAGGCUUGUCGGAGGAAGAGGCGAAAAAGCGCUUCUGGCUCGUCGACUCGCAAGGCCUCGUGGCGCACGACCGAGGCAAGCUCGCAGACCACAAGCUCUACUUCGCCCGCGACGACAACAACGGCCAGCAGUACAAGUCGCUGGAAGAAGUCGUUGAAUACGUCAAGCCAACCAUCCUAAUGGGCCUCAGCACGAUCGGCGGCGCCUUCACCCCCAAGAUCCUACAACGCAUGGCCGAGAUGAACGAGCGACCCGUCAUCUUCCCCCUCUCCAACCCUUCGUCAAAAUCCGAAUGCACGUUCGAAGAAGCGAUCAAGCACACAAACGGCAAAUGCCUCUUCGCCUCCGGCUCGCCGUUCCCAAGCUUAAUGCACGAGGGCAAGGAGCUCACGCCCGGACAAGGCAACAACGUCUACGUUUUUCCAGGCAUUGGUCUGGGAGCUAUCCUCAGCAAAUCCGUCUCUGUUACGCAGGGCAUGAUUUAUGCUUCUGGUGCUGCGCUAUCGAAGUCGUUGUUGCCGGAGGAGAGAGAGGAGAAUUGGCUGUAUCCCGAUAUUCGGCGGAUCAGGGACGUGAGUGUUGUGGUCACGAAGGGGGUCAUCAGGGCCGCGCAGAAGGACGGCGUGGACCGGGAGCUCGCUCUGAGGAACGUGAGUGAUGAAGAGCUGGAAGAGUAUAUCCGACGGAGAAUGUAUGAUCCAUUCACGGAGCAUGAGGCGGUCGAGGAGGAGAUCCGGGGUUUGGCUGGGUUGGCCAUCUCUGGAAAGCCGAAGGAGGCACAGGGGAAUGGGGUAGGGCCUGAUGGUUCGGGGCAGCUUGUUGGGAAGGAGAGGUAA